CCUUCGGGGCCAACGGGCCGCGCGCCGAGGCCGCCGUGGGAACGACGCACCCCUUCUCCGGCCCUGGGGCGGGGCUGGGGUCGCGGUCCGGGCCCAUGGGCGCGCCGCCCCCGUCCCCCGGCCUGCCCCCUUCCUGGGCCGCGAUGAUGGCGGCCCUGUACCCGAGCACUGACCUCUCGGGCGCCUCCUCCUCCUCCCUGCCUUCUUCCCCAUCCUCCGCCUCGCCUCCGAACGAAGUGAUGGCGCUGAAGGAUGUGCGGGAGGUGAAGGAGGAGAACUCCCUGAAUGAGAAGCUGUUCUUGCUGGCGUGCGACAAGGGUGACUAUUAUAUGGUUAAAAAGAUUUUGGAGGAAAACAAUUCAGGUGACUUGAACAUAAAUUGCGUAGAUGUGCUUGGGAGAAAUGCCAUUACCAUAACUAUUGAAAACGAAAACUUGGAUAUACUUCAGCUUCUUUUGGACUACGGUUGUCAGUCCGCAGAUGCACUUUUGGUGGCAAUCGACUCUGAAGUAGUGGGAGCUGUUGAUAUACUACUUAAUCAUCGACCAAAACGAUCAUCAAGACCAACCAUAGUAAAACUAAUGGAACGAAUUCAAAAUCCUGAAUAUUCAACAACUAUGGAUGUUGCACCUGUCAUUUUAGCUGCUCAUCGUAAUAACUAUGAAAUUCUUACGAUGCUCUUAAAACAGGAUGUGUCUCUACCCAAACCUCAUGCAGUUGGCUGUGAAUGCACAUUGUGUUCCGCAAAAAACAAAAAGGAUAGCCUUCGACAUUCCAGGUUCCGUCUUGAUAUAUAUCGAUGUUUGGCCAGUCCAGCUCUAAUCAUGUUAACAGAGGAGGAUCCAAUUCUGAGAGCAUUUGAACUUAGUGCUGAUUUAAAAGAACUAAGCCUUGUGGAGGUGGAAUUCAGGAAUGAUUAUGAAGAACUAGCCCGUCAGUGCAAAAUGUUUGCUAAAGACUUGCUUGCCCAAGCCCGGAAUUCACGUGAAUUGGAAGUUAUCUUAAACCAUACAUCUAGUGAUGAACCUCUUGACAAACGGGGACUACUAGAGGAAAGAAUGAAUUUAAGUCGUCUAAAACUUGCUAUCAAAUAUAACCAAAAAGAGUUUGUCUCCCAGUCUAACUGCCAGCAGUUCCUGAACACUGUUUGGUUUGGACAGAUGUCCGGUUACCGACGUAAACCCACCUGUAAGAAGAUAAUGACUGUUUUGACAGUUGGCAUCUUUUGGCCAGUUUUGUCACUGUGUUAUUUGAUAGCUCCCAAGUCUCAACUUGGCAGAAUUAUUCAUACACCUUUUAUGAAAUUUAUUAUUCAUGGAGCAUCAUAUUUCACAUUUUUACUGUUACUAAAUCUAUACUCUCUGGUCUACAAUGAGGAUAAGAAAAACACAAUGGGGCCAGCCCUUGAAAGAAUAGACUAUCUUCUUAUUCUGUGGAUUAUUGGGAUGAUUUGGUCAGACAUUAAAAGACUCUGGUAUGAAGGUUUGGAAGACUUUUUAGAAGAAUCUCGUAACCAACUCAGUUUUGUCAUGAAUUCCCUUUAUUUGGCAACCUUUGCUCUCAAAGUGGUUGCUCACAACAAGUUUCAUGAUUUUGCCGAUCGGAAGGACUGGGAUGCGUUCCAUCCUACACUUGUGGCAGAAGGGCUUUUUGCAUUUGCAAAUGUUCUGAGUUAUCUUCGGCUCUUUUUUAUGUAUACGACCAGCUCUAUCUUGGGGCCUUUACAGAUUUCAAUGGGACAAAUGUUACAAGAUUUUGGAAAGUUUCUUGGAAUGUUCCUUCUUGUUUUGUUUUCUUUCACAAUUGGACUGACACAGCUCUAUGAUAAAGGCUACACACCCAAAGAACAGAAAGACUGCGUAGGCAUCUUCUGCGAACAGCAAAGCAAUGACACCUUCCAUUCGUUCAUUGGUACUUGCUUUGCCUUGUUCUGGUAUAUUUUCUCCUUGGCACAUGUGGCAAUCUUUGUCACAAGAUUUAGCUAUGGAGAAGAAUUGCAAUCCUUCGUUGGAGCUGUCAUCGUUGGUACAUACAAUGUUGUAGUUGUCAUCGUGCUUACGAAGCUGCUGGUAGCGAUGCUUCAUAAAAGCUUUCAGUUAAUAGCAAAUCAUGAAGACAAAGAAUGGAAAUUUGCUCGUGCAAAGUUGUGGCUUAGCUACUUUGAUGACAAGUGUACAUUACCCCCACCUUUCAACAUCAUUCCUUCCCCGAAGACGAUUUGCUAUAUGAUUAGUAGCCUCAGCAAGUGGAUUUGCUCUCAUACUUCAAAAGGCAGGGUCAAACGGCAAAACAGUUUAAAGGAAUGGAGAAAUUUGAAACAAAAGAGAGAUGAAAAUUACCAGAAAGUGAUGUGCUGCUUAGUGCAUCGUUACUUGACCUCCAUGAGACAGAAGAUGCAAAGUACGGAUCAGGCAACUGUGGAAAAUCUAAAUGAACUACGCCAAGAUUUGUCAAAAUUCCGAAAUGAAAUACGGGAUUUGCUUGGCUUUCGGACUUCUAAAUAUGCUAUGUUCUACCCAAGAAAUUAACCAUUUUCUAAAUCUUAUAGAAAACAAUUUUCAGUAUCAAAUCUGAAAGACUUUAUUUGCAUAACGUGCAAUUAAACCAAUAAUAUAUAUAUUGAAAUAAACAAUUAUGUAAAAGCCAUUCUUUAAAAUAUUUAUAUCAUAAAAAUGUAAUGUAAAAUAUGUACAUAGAAUUAGUUUUUUAAAACUUGUCAAUGACUUUUUACAAGAGCAAAACAGAUUAAGUAGAUAGUUUUUUUUGUUAGCAUGCUGCUUUGUUUUCUUAAUUGGAUAGUACUUUAAAAUGUUUUUCUUUUUAUGUUAGAGAGGACCAGUUAUAAAUGUAUACAUUGUCUAAAAAGUUUUGUAUAAUGAAAAACAGCAAAUGUGGGCUGAUCUUCUGACCAUAGGAUACAGUUGAAACAUGUAAGUCAUGGUUUUUAAAAUCUCUGUUUUAGGAGUUCAUAUAUAUAUUUCAGUAUUUAUUGUUCAGGAGUAUAGUUUUAUUUAAAAUCAUCUUUAUUUUGUUUCUUGUUUUGUUAUAUAACCUUAAGCAACAAAGAGGAAAGUCUAAUCAAUAUUUGAAUCUCUGUCUCUCAAAAGUAAAUUCACUUUGCUUUUUGUUAUUGUAAUAUAUUUACUUUUACAUGGUUAUAAUCAUUUUAUAUUUUAAGUUUUUUCAC